GAGGGGAGAGGGGCGGAUCGCUGAGGAGUUGUUAGCGAAGAUGGCGGUGGCGGCUGCUGCGGCGAAGCUCCGGGGCUCGGGUCGAGGCUUGGGCCAGGCUGGCGUCCUGCUCCUGCGGCGGCUUGGUGCUCGGGGGCUGGCUAGAUAUCACCCCCGGAGGCAGGAGCAGCAGCACUUUCCAUCCCUGGAUGACAAGCCCCAGUUCCCCGGGGCCUCGGCGGAGUUUGUAGACAAGCUAGAAUUCAUCCAGCCCAAUGUCAUCUCUGGGAUCCCCGUCUAUCGCGUCAUGGACCGGCAGGGCCAGAUCAUCAACCCCAGCGAGGAUCCCCACCUGCCCCAGGAGACGGUGCUCAAGUUCUACAAGAGCAUGACUCUGCUCAACACCAUGGACCGCAUCCUCUACGAGUCCCAGCGGCAGGGCCGGAUCUCCUUCUACAUGACCAACUAUGGCGAGGAGGGGACACAUGUGGGGAGUGCGGCAGCGCUGGACAGCACGGACCUGGUGUUUGGCCAGUACCGGGAGGCAGGUGUGCUAAUGUACCGGGACUACCCCCUGGAGCUGUUCAUGGCCCAGUGCUAUGGCAACGCGAGCGACCUGGGCAAGGGGCGCCAGAUGCCCGUGCACUAUGGCUGCAAGGAGCGCCACUUCGUCACCAUCUCCUCUCCGCUGGCCACGCAGAUCCCGCAGGCGGUGGGGGCGGCCUAUGCGGCCAAGCGUGCCAACGCCAACAGAGUGGUCAUCUGUUACUUCGGGGAGGGGGCGGCCAGUGAGGGGGAUGCCCACGCCGGCUUCAACUUCGCCGCCACCCUCGAGUGCCCGGUCAUCUUCUUCUGCCGGAACAACGGCUAUGCCAUCUCCACGCCCACCUCUGAGCAGUACCGCGGGGACGGCAUCGCUGCUCGAGGCCCGGGCUACGGCAUCAUGUCCAUCCGCGUGGACGGCAACGAUGUGUUUGCCGUAUACAACGCCACCAAGGAGGCCCGGCGGCGGGCCGUGGCUGAGAACCAGCCCUUCCUCAUUGAGGCCAUGACCUACAGGAUCGGGCACCACAGCACCAGUGACGACAGCUCGGCGUACCGCUCGGUGGACGAGGUCAAUUACUGGGACAAGCAGGACCACCCCAUCUCCCGGCUGCGGCACUACCUGCAGGGCCGAGGCUGGUGGGACGACGAGCAGGAGAAGGCCUGGAGAAAGCAGUCCCGCAAGAAGGUGAUGGAGGCCUUUGAGCAGGCGGAGCGGAAGCCGAAGCCCAACCCCAACCUGCUCUUCUCUGACGUGUACCAGGAGAUGCCGGCCCAGCUUCGCAAGCAGCAGGAGUCCCUGGCCCGGCACCUCCAGGCCUACGGCGAGCACUACCCCCUGGACCACUUCGAGAAGUGAGGCCCGCUUGCCCCAGCCCACCCCCACCCACCUCAACUCCCCCGAGGGGCAGCCCCAUUCUGGGGGGUGCCCAGGGAGCUGCAGGAUGCCACCCUGCUUCCCCAGCCAGCCCCCUCUGAAAUACUGGGGCCGGGACUCCAGCCAACCAUCUCCACUCCUCCAGGCUGUUACCCUGGGUGGGGGUGGGGGGGGCUCCGUCAGCCCCCUCCUCGCCUGUUACAGUGCCUUCUCCCAGGGGCUGGGCCAGGACGCCUCCAGGACUAGAAGCCCCUCUGGGGUGGGCGUGGCGGGUCAGCCUGUGGAAGUCACUCCCUCAAAGUGAGAGGUGGUCAGCAGGUGGCCAAUAAACUCUCUGUGUUUGGCUCUGUGCCA